CGACAAAGAGCGCUCAGAUGACCAGUAAGAGGUCCUCCAUCGUACCAGAAACGGUACCCAGAGACUCAUUAUCCCAUGUGGUGCUAACGCCAUCGUUAGCGCCCUAUAAGAUCCUUCUUCUUGCCUUUAUCGCUGCGUAUUGUGCUGGUAUACUACCGAAGAAAACACAUCGACCCCUCCUUGCAACCAUCGUCAAGUACAUCGAAGGACCAGAGGCAUACGGUGAGGAGCAGCAACGGCGUGGUAUUCCGACUCUGCGAGGUAUUCUCCAUGAUAUCACACAGGCCUGUGUGGCGGCUGAUGCUCAAGAUGGAGAGCAUAACGCAAAGGACAUCGAGGCCAGGGCAUUGCACGGGUUGUGGACUUUGAAGUCGCUUGACUCCUUGAACACUUUCAUGACGCGUGCCAAAUCACUCGUUGUGAAGAAUAUGGCAGCGGGUAAUGCGUUGAUUUCGAAAGUGAAGAGUAAUGAAAGGCCAGCUUUUCUAUUGACGUCGGCAAGCUUCUUAGGUAAGUUUGUCAUACGGUGCACAACAGUGUACGAAAGCUUGGAGUACGACAAGGCGAAUCUCCUCUGGUCUGGGUUUGUCAAUUUCAGACGUGAAAGUAUGCCAAAGGUCAACAAAGAGGAGUUUGCUGCUAGAUAUUUCCCUACAGAUCCGAAUGAUGAUCCAUCAGUUCUCAAAUCAAUCUUACAAAAGAUGAGAAAUGGUGAAACCAAUCUCACAAAAGAUGUCAUAUUGGUCUCACAAGAGGACCUUUCUCAGCUCGUUCAUCAUCAACUACAGCAAUUAGAAAGACAUGGUACAUCAACCCCACCAAAGUUGAAACAGAUCUUCCAAAAUAUGGCCCAAGUGGAAGCUGGUAAGAUUCCCCAGAUCCAUUAUAUCAGGUAUCUAGAAUGUGUUCGUAAACAGGACUACGAAGGUGCGUUUAACUGGCUCCAUAGGUAUUUUGAUUACAGGAUCAGUACUAGAGAGGGCUCGUUUUACCAUUAUGCCUUGUUAUGCCUUGCGUCUCUCCACGCUCAUUUUCAUAACGAUGGUGAAGCAAUAAGGGCCAUUGAGGAGGCCAUAGCAGUCGCACGUGAAAAGAAAGAUUUGGAUUGCUUGUCAUUUCUGUUAACCUGGCUGUUUAACUUUAUGAAGGAUAGGCCUUAUCUGGAACAUGACUUUUACGUGUCCAAUGCUCAGUUGAUCGAAUUUCUCAAGAGUCAUGCCGAUGUUGGUACUAAAUCAUUACAUUCAAUGGCAUAUCAAUCGGAUGCUGCGUUGUUGAUGAUGGAAGGUGGCCCAGUAAGCAUGACAUUAGAGUCUUUGACCAAAUCUUUGUACAUAACGCUCAACGGAUCUGAUGAUUCAUCUACUUUUGGUACAUACUGUGCACUCUAUUCGUCCUUCUGGUUCCGACAAGGAAAUUAUCACUUAGCAGACGUGUACGAUGAAGUUAUAUCAAAGCUGACUACCCAUAAAUCAGAGCAAGUGAAGGUUGGGAUCCGUAAGGCACAUCUUCUUUUCCACCAUGGGGAAAUGAACAAAGCAUUUGAACAGUUGGUAAAUCUGAAGAAGAAUCUUCCGUCAGAUGCUAACCUGAUGAAGGACUUAUUGACACAUGAGGGUAUUUUAACUGUGAGAUUGUUGUUGAACACCAAUGAACUGGACGAAGCUCAGAUUUGUCUAAACAGACUACAAUCCCAAACCCAUAUAGGAGUUGAUAUUGAAGGGACUCUAUCAGAAUUAGAAUGUGAUCUUGAAGUUAAAUUGGGGAAUCUUGUCCAAGCAUAUGAGAUGGUGAACGAACGGUUAAGAACAUUUGCAAAAAGAGGAUCCACCACGUUUUGGUUUCUAAGAUUCAACAUCCUAAAGUGUCAAAUACUUUCAAUGUCCUCGUCACCCGCGCGCGCCUUAAGUGCGUCGAUACAGUGCCUUAACUCUACGCUCUCAUGUGGUUAUUCAGUGUUGAUAUUACAGGCCACAGUCCAAGUUUGUUCUGUGUUGUUUAAACUUUCUCAAUUCAAAGAUUGUGAAGAAUUGCUCUCGGCAUCACUGCAAAUGUUUGAAGGCAACCUCAACGUACAGUUAAUGGGUGAACUUUACAAGCUACUUGGGUGCUCACUAAUGGAGUUGCACUUCACCGAUGAUAAUCUUGAUAGGGAGAAAAACAUUACAAAGGUUAUCAAAUGCUUCGAAUUGGCUACCGACAGAUUCAGAUCUAUGGGUAUGCUAAAAGACUCUUGUGACUGUCUCGAGCUCCAAUUAAACUUUGGUCGUCGUAUCGGUAACCAUGAUAUUGUUAACCAUGUUGAACAGGCACUUCACAAAGUCAAAAUGAUGGACAAAGGCGCUGAUCACCUUCAUAUGUUUGGCGCACAACAUAGCUAAUUUUACCUAUACGGAAUUUCUACAUUUCUGAUCAAGUAUUAUAUUCGUGAAAAGCCAUUUAAACCAAAUAAGUAAAACCACUCUGAACG